CUUGCUUGUUACGGAGUCCAGAGAACUGAUCUGGUGUCCGUUGUUUGUUGGUGGGUGGUGCCGUCAUUCACUUCCACCUCCACCGCCAGCUGCCAAAAUGCAUCUCGUCACGAUGUAGUAACGCUCUGCUCUCUCUUGCACAUUGACCUUCCCUUCCUGCGUUGGUUCAGUCAUUCUGUAUUUGCGGUUUGGUCACCGUGCCUUGAUUUACCAUCAGAAGAUCCCCUGUUCUGUCCAUUCGCAAUAAAGCCUUCGCUGGGCUGUGCAACAAGGUCGAACCUGGCUGUCCACUAACUGAAGCACACCACAACGCAUUCCUUAUUCCUCAUUCCUUAUAACGCCUCCUGCCAGCAAACAAACACUCCGUCUCUGUUGUCCCAUCUUGAUUACUUUAGGCUUGGUUUCCUGGCCGAAGACAACUCGGGUCUGUUCAAAGCAAUCUGAUCUUCAGCAAUAUCGCUGUGACCAUAGGUACCCCGACUCACUAUGCACAAAUACCGCCGCGAGGCGAAGUAUGCCGCCUGGUACGAUGACCCAAACGACACCUCUAAUUUCAAGUUCAAGAAUCCCUUUUCAAAAUGGAGGCCAGAUACGAGGCAGAAUUCCAUGCGUACAAUGGAAGAUGGCGAGGCGCAAGAUCGUAGACCGGGGCGACAGAUCGUACAAAAUUCAAAACCAACAAACGGGGACGAAGGCGGUGGCUCUCCUCUCAAACCCACACUUACGGAUGAUCCGAACGACUACAGGCUUGGGACGCCUGUUGAUAGAAGGGGGCAACACCAGCGCCAUGCUGAAACCGAACCAGGUGCAACUUCAGCUACUACACCCUAUCCUCCCGGUGACGAAAUCAAAAUCCCUCGCGCAAUGAGUCCUGACCUGUCAGAACGGGAACCCAAGGAAUAUAACGAUCCUCAGCGUGCGGAAUCGAGCACCGACACAUACAUCAAUGGAAAUGCCUUUGACUCUGGAAAGUCAAAUCCCGUCCGCAGUCGGACUACCGCUUCAAAAACAGAAACACAUGGUAUCAGAAGACUUUUCACCAAGAAUUCAUCACCAGACAACGACGACGAUAACGGCAAGAACAAGAAGAAAUUCACGGUAUCGAGUCAACUCCACGCCACCCUAUUCAACUCUUGGAUCAAUGUCCUUUUGAUCGCGUCUCCAGUCGGCAUUGCAGUUUACUAUGCACACGUCAAUCCCGUCGCUGUUUUCGUUAUCAACUUCAUCGCCAUCAUCCCUCUGGCAGCCAUGCUAAGCUACGCCACCGAGGAGAUUGCUCUUCGAGUUGGUGAAGUCCUUGGUGGCUUACUCAAUGCGUCUUUCGGUAAUGCUGUCGAACUGAUUGUCUCAAUCAUCGCGUUGGCAAAAGAUCAGGUGUUGAUUGUUCAGACCUCUCUCAUUGGCAGUAUGCUGUCCAAUCUCCUUCUGGUGAUGGGAAUGUGUUUCUUCUUUGGCGGCUUCAACCGUAUCGAACAAGCAUUCAACCUGACAGUGGCUCAAACUGCUUCCAGUCUGCUGUUCUUGGCCGUCAGCAGUCUGAUCAUUCCCACGGCUUUUGAGGAAUGGGCGAGAACGUCGAACGGCAGCACUGGCAAUGACAAUGCGACCACGGAGAAUCCCAAGCCUGGUGUUGCCGCCGUCAGCCGAGGCACCGCCAUUCUCCUGCUGAUCGUCUAUGGAUGUUACCUGUUCUUUCAACUCAAAAGCCAUGCAGCCAUCUAUAACACCCCUGGUGAGAAGAAUCGCAAGCGACAGGUGGGCAAGAAAUUUAAGAAUGCUGUCCUUCCGGAGAGCAUGCGACGUAGAACACCAGAAGAAAGGGAUGCUGUUGUUGAAGAAGAUGAGAGCGAGGAACCCGAAGAGCCCAAUCUAUCCGUUUGGGUGGCAGUUGCGACUCUAGCUGUGUCCACUGUUCUGGUUGCACUGAAUGCCGAAUACCUGGUUGACUCCAUCAACGCGAUCACAUGUGGAGGCGGUAUCUCUAAGAAUUUCGUCGGCUUGAUCCUUCUGCCCAUCGUCGGAAAUGCCGCCGAACACGCCACCGCAGUCACGGUGGCUGUCAAGGACAAGAUGGAUCUUGCCAUUGGUGUCGCUGUUGGCUCAAGUAUGCAGAUCGCUCUACUGGUAUUGCCCUUUGUGGUGGUUCUUGGCUGGAUUAUCGGCAAGGACGAUAUGACUUUGUUCUUUGACGGCUUCCAGAUUGCUGUUCUGUUUGUUGCAGUCCUGCUCGUGAACUACCUGAUCGCUGAUGGCAAAUCACAUUGGCUGGAAGGUGUUCUCUUGAUGAUUUUAUACAUCAUCAUCGCAGUGGCAGCAUGGUUCUAUCCGACUGCUCCUGGUCUCAGUGACUGCCCGGCUGAUUCUUAAAACAACAAGUGGCCUAUCAGCAGAUUCAGUACAGCAUCAUCGUCACGCAGACCGACUUCUGCUUUCGGUGAUUCGACACUUUUCAGGUCAAAGCAAACAUGUAUCGUUCGGGUCAUCGUUCCCACGCUACUCAUAGUACAGAUCUCAGGACGAGAUGGCUAUGGCGCUUUCCAACAGAAUACCUUCAUGAGAGCUUGUGGAAAAUAACACUGGCCUAAUCAAAUCGUCGACCUGUUGAUAUCCACUCGGCCUGCUCAUCCAAGGAUGUCCUUAACUAGUUGACCACCAGACUCGACUCGUUUGAGGCGACAUUUCUCUCAUAUAUGAAUACCUACUACCACUUCUCUCUCUGAGCAAUUCCCAAGAUUUUGUACGGGCGCAAGCACUUUUCUCUUCUACUCGGGAGGCGGAUAUGAAGGCAUGGGGUUACAGGGAGGGUAGCACGCUGCAUUAGGUACAAAAGUGCCUACGCUACGAAGAAUUCCAAAUGAGGGCUUGGCUUCGAGCCCGAACUUGACGCCGUCGACCUGGCGUGGGAAAACUUGUGAACAUGUACUUUAAUUUUUGUUUGGUCGCCUCGCGCCCUAAUGACCUUUUUUUCAUACUUCGCAGAACCCUGAACAAUGGAGGUUUCUCAAUAUGAUACAACUUGUAAUGAUGUCCAUUCUGCCUAGUAUUCAAUAAGUAACCCCCUAGAUUUUGU